AGGAAGCUUGUUCCGCUGUUUGGGAAAAUACCGUAAACAAACGAGCUUUAUUCUUCCACUAAAGCGCCUGCUGAGACUUUCGAUUGACACAUUUGUGGCUGUAGACUAAAGAAAAAAGGAAACAAAGGAGAAUAUUAAAAUCUCGAGGAAUACUGACGCCCCCGUGUUGCCUGGAGUAGAGUUAGUCCGGCGGAGGAGUGUUGACAGCGUCCGCCUUCGCCGCAGCUGCCCUCGCAGACCAUGUCGGAUCUCAUCCUGCUGCUGCUCAUCGGCGUCCUCCUGCUGUGUCUGCUCGGAACCGUCGGCGGGUUGCUGCUGUACUCGGGGCUCCUGGCGGACGUGGAGGUGAAGACCGGCCCUCCUCCUGUCGCCAAUGUCACCAUCGCCUAUAAGUUCAAGCAGGGCUCCUACAAGGACUGCGGGGCGGGCUUCACGGAGAGCUGCAGCAUCGGCCCGAAGCUCAAGUCCAUCGGGAUCUUCUACGAUGACCCCCAGCAGAGACCACCAGAGAAAUGUCGCUAUGCGGUGGGCAGCGUCCUUUGCGAGGGUGACGAGAAGCCGGAUGAGGAACUCGUGAAGCUCUAUGAAAAGUUUGGCUUCACCGUGUUCUCGCUGCCGGAGGUGAAGCACGCCGUGACGACCAGCUUCCCCUGCACCACUCCUCUGUCCCACAUCCUGGGCCCCCACAGGGUCUACUCCAGACUCGCCUCCUACAUUGAGGAGAGAAAGCUUUGUGCCCUCCCAACUGUUGAAAUCUACACCUCGGAUGUCAUCCAUUACAUGGUCCCGCAGUCCCACCAGACGGAUUUCUACGUGCCAGAAGUCAAAGAGGAGUUUAAAACAGAUGUGAAAGAAGAAGACUCGGAUGAGGACAGAGGAACCGAUAUAACAGGUGCAGAUUCCCACAGCGACGUGAGCUCGGUGAGCGGCGGCGGCGUGCCGUGGGACAGCAGAGAGACGUCCCUGGCAGCAUCCACCGCCGCCUCGCUGGCCUCCUCUCUGCCCCUGAGGGAUGUCAUGGAUGCAAACGAGGACACAGGGAACAGAGACCUCAGCAACAGAGACUCGGACGAGUCGAUGGGCAGCGGCUCGUCCUUUGAAGAGCUCGACAUGGAGCAGGAGGAGGGGGUGGAGAGGGAAAACACGGAGGAGGAGGAGGAGGAGGAGGGCAUCCCUGAGGGUGAAGGUGGAAAUAAAGAAGAAGAACUGGUGGCCGAGGAAAAAGACCCCCUGGGAGAGGGAGAGGAGUAGGAAGGAUGCUGAUAAGGGAUGCAACCGUGUAACAAUUCCAGAGAGUCUCUCCGCUGUGCUGUGGUCGGUUGUCAGUCAUUCUGGUAGAUCUACAACCAUUCAUGCCAAGUCACCUUAAUGCUUUCUUUAAUCAUAAUCCAUCAUUGAAAUAAUCCACGAUUAAACAUUUAACCCUUUAACACCGGA